ACGACACACGUAAAGAGGGCUUGUGGGUCGGCGCCAGCGUCCUGAAUGCAAUCGCAGCUCGUUUCAUAAGCAGUAUACGCUACCAAAUCGAUCCGAAGCAGCAAUCGUUGCAAUAGACCGUCGCAAAGAGCCGGAGAGCACAACCGGAGAGCCAAUCAGACGACACGCUGCGCCACCGGAGAGCAAAUCACGACACGCUGCCGGAGAGCAAAUAAUCAGACGACACGCCGCACGCACAGGUCCACUGCAACGAUGAAGACCGCAUCGGUCCUCGUCGCACUCGCGGCCGGCGCCGCCGGCCUCAGGCCAGCGCUGCCGCAGCGUGCCGCGCGCGCGACCGCGCGCGCCGCGCCGCGCAUGGCCAUCUCGGCGCUCCUCUUCGACUGCGACGGCGUCAUCGCCGACACGGAGCCCGACGGCCACCGGCCGGCGUUCAACGCGGCCUUUAAGGAGAAGGGCUUCGCGGACGUUUGGACGAAGGAGCACUACGGCGAAUUGCUCGAGACGGGCGGCGGCAAGGAGCGCAUGACGGCGCACUGGAACGAAGUGGGGUGGCCGGCGGGCUACGAGGACGCCGAGAGCCAGCAAGCUCUCGUCAAGGAGUUACACUUGAGGAAGACGGCCAUCUUCAACGAGAUGAUCACCAAGGGCGAGAUUCCGAUCAGAAAAGGGGUUCUGAAUUUAAUUGAUGAAGCUUUAGCUGACGGCGUGCCGGUCGGCGUCUGCUCGACGUCGUCCGAGCAGGCCGUCUCGAAUUUAGUCAGAGUGCUCAUGGGCGACGCCCGCGCCGACAAGAUCCCCAUCUACGCCGGCGACGUCGUCAAGAAGAAGAAGCCGUCUCCCGAUGUUUAUCUGCUGGCCGCGGAGAAGAUGGGCUUGGAACCUGCCAAGUGCGUCGUCAUCGAGGACUCGUCCAUCGGCCUGGCGGCGGGCAAGGCGGCCGGCAUGAACGUCAUCGUCACGAAGUCGUCCUACGCCUACCGGGAGAACUUUGAUCUGGCGGACAAGGUCGUCGACGACCUCGAGGUCGGCGGCGUGGGCCUGGACGCGUGCAAGGCGCUCGCGGACGCGUAA